GUUUCAGGGAGGAGGAACGUCUUCAGGCGCCGCCACGUGACCUCUGACCUCAGCUCCUCAUGCAAACUUCUUCCAAAUCAGCUGCUGACUUUGACUGACAAAUGUUUCAUUUCCAUAAGAGAAGAAGAAGGAAGCGUGUGGAGGACAGACCGCCAGCGUCCGCACAGCAGAGCCAUGAGUCCGGCGCCGCGCCUUGUCGUCCUGCUGCUGGCAGCUCGGAUCGCAGCAUCUCAAACAUUCACCGACGCUGGAAAGGAUUUCAGAGUCAUUUUUCCAGAAAACAUCGCCUACUACUACCCUUCUGAUGCCCACAACAAGAUCUGGGUCACCGCUCUGCAUAACGACACAUCCGUCACAAUGUCAUCAGCCAGCAGUGAAACUAAACUAAACGCUGGUCAUACUAAAAGUUUUGAUGUGACCCAAGAACUCGGCAGGCUAACGAUUAAUGACAGUAACGAUUUUGACCCGUUCACGGUUUUCAGCAUCUCUGACAAAACCGUUCAUAUUACCAGCACCAAGGACAUCGUCAUCCAAGCCGUCAGCAGCAGAGGAAGAAGCGUGCAGUCAGCUCUGGUUAUACCAACGACCAAACUCAGUAACAAGUACUUCAUCCCACCGGUACCUGAGACUGAAGGAACCACUAGUGGAGGGGCUCCUGUGGUAAAUGUUACAGAGAGAGCCCCGUUCAGACUCAUCAUCGUCAACCCUGAUGAACCCAAAGCAUCUGUGACCAUUAAAGGCAGAGACGAAAUCCCGAUAAGCAUAGAGUCAGGCAAGGCUGCUCAAAUCUGGGUGGACAAUGGCAACACGACCCAGUAUGUUGAAGCAAAUAAAAGAGUGGCGGUGUACUUCAGCCACCCCUGCGCCGUUCAGCACCAGUGCACCUGCGGCCUUCUGCAUGCCAUGGUGCCUCCAGCCAAGAACGACACCAUGAAGUUCCCCAUUCCUCCAGUUCUGGGCAAGCCAGCGUCCAUUCUGCUGUCCGAUGAAGCAAACGGAAGAUGGAUCAAUUCUUCCUCACUGAUCGUUGAAUCGGCAGGCACGGCCAUCGUCUACUGGCCCAGCCUUCUCCUCACACUGGUUCCAGUAGAAGAGUUCGGCAGCUGUUUUGUGGUCCAGUUCAUCGAGGGCAAGGAAAACAUUCUCAUCAUUGUGGUCCACAAGGAUCACAAGCAGGGAAUUCACAUCGGGAAUGAUCCUCUGGGGGGCGCAGGAUGGCAGGAGCUGGAGGGAACCGACUACGUCUCAACCAAUCGCAGCAUUUCAUCUACAACUGUCGUCUGGCACAUGUCUGCCAACAUGACCGUCUACCACAUGGCCCAGCACAACAACACCUGGUUUGGGAACCCCGCACCUGUUGUUAGUGCAAACCCAGAUUUCAGGGGCUGCAUUUUAACUCCAGAGGUGACGAUGAUCCUCCAUGAAGCAGAGAGUUGGCAGGAAUCGAUCCAAUCCUGUCAGAAGCAAAGCCUGAAUCUCAUCAGCCUCUCCAGCGAAGCUCUACAAAAACAUACCUGCCAAAACCUGCGUGGGAACGACGCCAAGCAAGUGUGGAUCGGUACGCGUCGCAGGUCGCUGACCGGAGACUGGUACUGGCUGAACAGCAACGGCUUCAACGACACCAACUGGGCCCGCAGCGAACCGGGGGACGUCAGCGAAGGCCAGUGCGCCGUCAUGAGUCUGGAAGGCGACUGCGGCUGGAAGGACCGCAACUGCUGCGAGGCCGCCCGACCUCUCUGCUACGCCGCUCCGCAAGUCCUGCAGAUAAACUGAAUCAGAAGCUUCCUGCUCCUGGUUCUGGUUAGGUCAGAACCGAGCCACCGAUAGCAUCACUAUAGUCAUCAGAAAACGCUAGCAUAGAUAGCUACACCGGUUUAUUUGGGUCAGUUGGUAGUUCAGCCUCAAACUGCUGCCUACGCUACAGAGGCUGGCAGAAAACAAGACGAGGCGUCAUAGUAUGGAGGGCUGAGGGUGACGUAAAACAUAAAUAUAUGAACAGGCAAUUACACACAAUAAACUACACCAAGCAAGCUUUAGCUCAUAAGCUACAUACUUAGCUAGUGAGCUAAAUAUUUAGCUCCAAACUAAACAUUUAGCAAGCUAAAUGUUUAGUUUGGCUUGACAGCUCGCUAGCUAGUUUGAGAACUAGCAAGCUUUAGCUCAUAAGCUACAUACUUAGCUAGUGAGCUAAAUAUUUAGCUCCAAACUAAACAUUUAGCAAACCAAAUGUUUAGUUUGGCUUGACAGCUCGCUAGCUAGUUUGAGAACUAGCAAGCUUUAGUUCACAUACAACAUACUUAACUAGUAAGCUAAAUAUUUAGCUUGGAAGCUACAUAGUUAGUUUUCAAGCUAAAUAUUUAUCUCCAAGGUAAAUAAGUAAUAUACACAUGCUGAUAAUAAGACACAAAUAAAAUACAGAGAUCAGCCAGAACCAGAUUUUAUUUUUUAAUUCAUGAUGUCAAAACUAAUUCAAAGUUCUGAGUUAAAUAUUUAAUUAGGUAUGUAGACGAUAUCGAUAUUUUCCCAUGACUUCUAUAAUUUCUAUUAAAAGAUCUAUGAAAGACCAGAAUUUAGAUUAAAUUUAAUCUUCAAAUUAUGUUAACGACUGUAAAGGAAGUGACAUCAGCCACUGAUCUGGACUGAGAACUGGUCAGCAAUUAAAAUUAAGAUGAAAAUUUGAUCAACAGUUUUCUGUUUUUGUUUCAACUUUUUUCUCUUGAGUCAGAUUUAAUAUUUUAUCCUAUUUAAAUAAGGAAUUAUAAUGCAGCAAAUUAUAUAUUCUAGUGUAAAUGCAGGUUAGGGGUGAGAAGCUAAUAGUUUUUACUGAGUUUCAGAACAUUAACUUCUGGCUGUUCAGAUUUAAUCAUUGUAUUUAUUCAUUUUAGGGUUUUAUUGAUCUGAAUCUAGCAAACAAUACAUUUAUUUUGUGUGAUUUGCUGUGAAUGUAUCAUGUAAGCUGCAUAAAUAAAAUUAGUCAUUUAUGCCAAUAAAUGGAUUUUCAUGUAUG